CCCGCCCCAGCGCUGAAUUCGCAGAUCUCAGUUGCCACGGUCCUGUUUCUUCUCAUUUCGCCAGAAAACGAGUUCCUAGGGGUUUGAGUGAGCUAAAGAUUGGUUCUUCUUGGAAAUCACCUGUCUAUUAUUAUUUUUAAACAAUCUCCACACCUCCAAAGACCCUCCUCCUCAUUCCAGCUUGGAAUGUGGCUACUGAAAACCCAGUAGGGAGGAUUUCUGGGGCACGCAUCCCGACCAGGAUCCUGGUUCCCAGGCACGGAAUGGCUAGUGUGAGAACACCACUGGCAGGACCAUCUCAGAUCUUGGUUAUGGCAACUCAUGCAAGACGCUGUUGAAUUAGACUGCUUUCCUAUCGAUGAGAAACCACACAAGCAGUGGUAUUUAUGAGCCUCCAUUUCCUAUACUACUGCAGUGAACCAGCCUUGGACGUGAAAAUCGCCUUUUGUCAGGGAUUCGACAAACACGUGGAUGUGUCAUACGUUGCCAAACAUUACAACAUGAGCAAAAGCAAAGUAGACAACCAGUUCUACAGUGUGGAAGUAGGAGACUCGACUUUCACCGUGCUCAAGCGCUACCAGAACCUGAAGCCGAUUGGCUCUGGGGCUCAGGGAAUAGUUUGUGCUGCAUACGAUGCUGUCCUCGACAGAAAUGUGGCCAUUAAGAAGCUCAGCCGACCCUUCCAGAACCAAACUCAUGCUAAGAGAGCUUACCGGGAGCUGGUCCUCAUGAAGUGUGUGAACCAUAAAAAUAUUAUUAGCUUAUUAAAUGUUUUCACACCCCAGAAAACGCUGGAGGAGUUCCAAGACGUUUACUUAGUGAUGGAGCUGAUGGAUGCCAACUUGUGUCAGGUGAUUCAGAUGGAAUUAGACCAUGAGCGGAUGUCCUAUUUGCUGUACCAGAUGUUGUGCGGCAUCAAGCACCUCCACUCUGCUGGAAUUAUCCACAGGGACUUAAAACCCAGUAACAUAGUAGUCAAGUCUGAUUGCACAUUAAAAAUCCUUGACUUCGGACUGGCCAGGACAGCGGGCACAAGCUUCAUGAUGACGCCGUAUGUGGUGACGCGAUAUUACAGAGCCCCUGAGGUCAUCCUGGGAAUGGGCUACAAGGAGAACGUUGACAUGUGGUCGGUAGGGUGCAUCAUGGGAGAGAUGGUCAAAGGCACAGUGCUGUUUCCUGGCACUGACCAUAUUGACCAGUGGAACAAAGUCAUUGAGCAACUAGGAACUCCGUGUCCGGAAUUCAUGAAGAAAUUGCAGCCCACAGUCAGAAACUACGUGGAGAAUCGGCCCAAGUAUGCAGGACUCACCUUCCCAAAGCUCUUUCCUGAUUCCCUCUUCCCAGCAGACUCCGAGCACAAUAAACUUAAAGCCAGCCAAGCCAGGGAUUUGUUAUCAAAGAUGCUAGUGAUUGACCCGGCCAAGAGGAUAUCGGUGGACGAUGCCUUACAGCACCCGUACAUCAACGUUUGGUACGACCCUGCGGAAGUGGAGGCGCCGCCUCCUCAGAUAUACGACAAACAGCUGGACGAGCGGGAGCACACCAUUGAAGAAUGGAAAGAACUUAUCUACAAGGAAGUAAUGAACUCAGAAGAAAAGACUAAAAAUGGCGUGGUGAAAGGACAGCCCUCCCCUUCAGGUGCAGCAGUGAACAGCAGUGAGAGUCUCCCUCCAUCCUCGUCUGUCAACGACAUCUCCUCCAUGUCCACCGACCAGACCCUCGCAUCCGACACUGACAGCAGCCUGGAAGCCUCGGCAGGACCGUUGGGUUGUUGCAGGUGACUAGCCGCCUGCCUGCGAAACCCAGCGUUCUUCAGGAGAUGACGGGAUAGAACACAGCACACAUGCACACACACACACACAGUUCGCACGCACAUAUGCAUACACAAAGACACUCUCACACACGCACAGAUGCACACACGCGAUGUCAAGAAAAUAGCAAGAGAGAGAUCCAACCUGGAAUUAGGAUAAAUCUUUCUGCCUGCUUCUCCAAAGUUCUGUAUCACAGCUAAGCCGAAAUGUAUACUUAACUUCUAGUAGCUCUCGCUUCGGUCUCCUUCCAACAGUGCUUACUACACAGAACAAACCAGACACAAUUAGAGAAGCCUUUCCCUAAAGUGUAAUUUAAGUGGCUGCAGAACCAGCAACCCGUAACUGCCCUUCAAAUGGCAUGACAAGGUGUGCAGUGGCCCCAUCCAGCAUGUGUGUGUCUCUAUCUUGCAUCUACCUGCUCCUCUUGGCCUAGUCAGAUGGGUGUAGAUACAGAUCUGCAUGUGUCUGUAUUCAUACGGCACUUCUUAGAGAUGCUCCUGUCAGUGUCCUCGGGACUGCCACCAAGACACC